AUGACGGUUUUGGAGGAGGACGAGGUCGAGGCGCUCGAACGCGCCGCCGCCGCCCCCGCGGCUUCCACCAGCGGCAGCGCGGCGCUCGAGCAGCAGCAGCAGCAGCAGCAGCACCGGGAGCAGCAGCAGCAGCAGCAGCAGGUGGCCGCUGGCGCCAGCAAGCGCGUCAUCGACGAGGGGGAGCUGCUGACCAGCACCUUCGAACACCGCCUCUUCACCUUCGGCCCGAUGGCGCUGAUGGCAGCUUCCCUCGCGACCGCCGCGUCGCACGUCGGCUCCGGCGGCGACGCCCUCGCCGCGGCGGGCGCGGUGUUUGCCGCUUACGUGCUGUCCGACAUUGGGACCGGGUUCUACCACUGGGGGGUCGACAACUACGGGGACAGCAAGACGCCGUUUUUCGGCUCCCAGAUUGCCGCGUUCCAGGGGCACCACCAGAAGCCCUGGACCAUCACUCAGCGCGAGUUCUGCAACAACGUCUUCCAGCCGGCCACUGGCCCGGCCGCCCUGCUGCUGGCCGUCAGCCCCUUCCUACCCGUCGGCCCCGGCUUCUUCCUGCCAUCCUUCAUCUUCCUGGCCUGCAUGUCGCAGCAGUUUCAUGCGUGGAGCCACAUGAAGAAGAGCGAGCUGCCCGGGGUGGUGGUGGCCCUGCAGGAUGCCGGCAUUCUUAUCGGCCGCCGCGCCCACGGCGCGCACCACAAGCCCAACUUUGACGGCAACUACUGCAUCGUCAGCGGCUGGUGGAACGAGCCCCUGGACAACUCGGGCGUCUUCAGGUUCCUGGAGAAGGCCAUCGCUGCGCGCACCGGCGUGGAGCCGCGCUGCUGGUACCCCCCGCAGGACGACUGGGAGGAGCAGGCGCAGCCGCAGGCCGCCCGGUGA